AUGGGAGUCCCGGCGUUCUUCCGCUGGCUCAGCCGCAAAUACCCGUCCAUCAUCGUCAACUGCGUAGAAGAGAAGCCCAAAGAAUGCAAUGGUGUAAAGGUUCCUGUUGAUGCCAGUAAACCUAAUCCAAAUGAUGUGGAGUUUGAUAAUCUGUAUUUGGACAUGAAUGGAAUCAUCCAUCCCUGUACUCAUCCUGAAGACAAACCAGCACCAAAAAACGAAGAUGAAAUGAUGGUUGCAAUUUUUGAGUACAUUGACAGACUUUUCAAUAUUGUAAGACCAAGACGACUUCUCUACAUGGCAAUAGAUGGAGUGGCACCACGUGCUAAAAUGAAUCAACAGCGUUCUAGGAGGUUCAGAGCAUCCAAAGAAGGAAUGGAAGCAGCAGUAGAGAAACAGCGAGUCAGGGAAGAAAUACUGGCAAAAGGUGGCUUUCUUCCUCCAGAGGAAAUAAAAGAAAGAUUUGAUAGCAACUGCAUUACACCAGGAACUGAAUUCAUGGACAAUCUUGCUAAAUGCCUUCGCUAUUACAUAGCUGAUCGUUUAAAUAAUGACCCCGGGUGGAAAAAUUUGACAGUUAUUUUAUCAGAUGCUAGUGCUCCUGGCGAAGGAGAACAUAAAAUCAUGGAUUACAUUAGAAGACAAAGAGCCCAGCCUAACCAUGACCCAAACACUCAUCAUUGCCUAUGUGGAGCAGAUGCUGAUCUCAUCAUGCUCGGCCUUGCUACACACGAACCCAACUUUACCAUUAUUAGAGAAGAAUUCAAACCAAACAAACCCAAACCCUGUGGUCUUUGUAAUCAGUUUGGACAUGAGGUCAAGGACUGUGAAGGUUUGCCAAGAGAAAAGAAGGGAAAGCACGAUGAACUUGCAGAUAGUCUUCCUUGCGCAGAGGGAGAGUUUAUCUUCCUUCGUCUUAAUGUUCUUCGUGAGUAUUUGGAAAGAGAGCUCACCAUGGCCAGCCUUCCAUUCACAUUUGAUGUUGAGAGGAGCAUUGAUGACUGGGUCUUCAUGUGCUUCUUUGUGGGAAAUGACUUUCUUCCUCAUCUGCCAUCGUUAGAAAUUAGGGAAGGUGCAAUUGACCGUUUGGUCAACAUAUACAAAAAUGUGGUACACAAAACUGGGGGUUACCUAACAGAAAGUGGUUAUGUCAAUCUGCAAAGAGUACAGAUGAUCAUGUUAGCAGUUGGUGAAGUUGAGGAUAGCAUUUUUAAAAAGAGAAAGGAUGAUGAGGACAGUUUUAGAAGACGACAGAAAGAAAAAAGAAAGAGAAUGAAGAGAGAUCAACCAGCUUUCACUCCUGGUGGAAUAUUGACUCCUCAUGCCUUGGGUUCAAGAAAUUCAGGUUCUCAAGUAGCCAAUAAUCCGAGACAAUCAGCCUAUGAAAUGAGGAUGCAGAAUAACUCUAGUCCUUCAGUAUCUCCUAAUACAAGUUUCACUUCUGAUGGUUCUCCAUCUCCGUUAGGAGGAAUGAAACGAAAAGCAGAUGACAGUGACAGUGAACCUGAGCCAGAGGAUAAUGUCAGGCUAUGGGAAGCUGGUUGGAAGCAGCGGUACUACAAGAACAAAUUUGAUGUUGACGCGGCUGAUGAGAAAUUUCGUCGUAAAGUUGUACAAUCUUAUGUUGAAGGGCUCUGCUGGGUUCUUCGAUAUUAUUACCAGGGCUGUGCUUCCUGGAAGUGGUAUUACCCGUUCCAUUAUGCACCAUUUGCUUCAGACUUUGAAGGUAUUGCGGACUUGCCUUCUGAUUUUGAGAAGGGCACUAAACCGUUUAAACCACUGGAACAACUUAUGGGAGUUUUUCCAGCUGCAAGUGGUAACUUUCUACCUCCAUCAUGGCGAAAGCUCAUGAGUGAUCCAGAUUCCAGUAUAAUUGACUUUUACCCUGAAGAUUUUGCUAUUGAUUUGAAUGGAAAGAAGUAUGCAUGGCAAGGUGUUGCUCUGUUGCCAUUUGUGGAUGAGCGCAGGCUGCGAGCUGCCCUUGAAGAGGUAUACCCAGACCUCACUCCAGAAGAGACUAGAAGAAACAGUCUUGGAGGUGAUGUCUUAUUUGUAGGGAAACAUCACCAACUCCAUGACUUCAUUUCAGAGCUAUACCAGACAGGUUCCACAGAGCCAGUGGAUGUACCACCUGAAUUAUGUCAUGGGAUUCAAGGAAAGUUUUCUUUGGAUGAAGAAGCCAUCCUUCCAGAUCAAGUAGUAUGUUCUCCUGUUCCCAUGUUACGGGAUCUGACACAGAACACUGCAAUCAGUAUUAAUUUUAAGGACCCACAGUUUGCCGAAGAUUACAUUUUUAAAGCUGUAAUGCUUCCAGGAGCAAGAAAACCAGCACCGGUACUGAAACCUGGUGACUGGGAAAAAUCCAGCAAUGGGCGGCAGUGGAAGCCCCAGCUUGGCUUUAAUCGGGACCGGCGGCCUGUCCACCUGGAUCAGGCAGCAUUCAGGACUUUGGGCCAUGUUAUGCCAAGAGGCUCAGGAACUGGCAUUUACAGCAAUGCUGCGCCACCACCUGUAAGUUUUCAGGGAAACUUAUACAGGCCGCUGUUGAGAGGACAAGCCCAGAUUCCAAAACUUAUGUCAAAUAUGAGGCCCCAGGAUUCCUGGCGAGGUCCUCCUCCUCUUUUCCAGCAGCAAAGAUUUGACAGGGGUGUUGGGGCUGAACCUCUACUGCCAUGGAACCGGAUGCUCCAGACCCAAAAUGCAGGCUUUCAGCCAAACCAGUACCAGAUGCUAGCCGGGCCUGGCGGGUAUCCACCCAGACGCGAUGAUCGUGGAGGGAGACAGGGAUAUCCCAGAGAAGGAAGGAAGUACCCUUUGCCACCACCCUCAGGAAGAUACAAUUGGAAUUAGGCUUUUGUAAAGCUUUCCCAAAUCCUUUCAUCAUUCUACACUUUUAUGCUAUUUGUGGAAAGAUUUCUUUCUCAAGUAGUAGUUUUUAAGAAAACUGCAGUACUUUGUGUAUUUCUUUUAACUGUAUAUUUCUACUGAUCUGAUCUCACUGUUUUAUGUUGCUUUCCAAAGAUGUAUGUUGCAUAAUACAGUGGAUCUGAAUUUAUUAUUGCUUGUAAAACAUUUUGAUGGAAUAGGAAUACUGGUUUUUCAUUAUGGUUAAAAAUCAAACCAGCUGUGGAUUUCAAAACACAGUGUAUUCUAGAUCAUCUAAGAUCCAUGCUGAUUUUUAAUGCACAAGAAUUAGGUAUGAACUCUUGAGCUGGAACCCUCAGCCAACUAGAGUAUAUAUUGUUCAGUAUUUCUUUGGAAACAUUUCAUUAAUGUACUUGUCUUACAGAAAUUUCUGGACUUUAGUAAAAACAAACAAAAAAUUUUAAAAUUCUGGUUUCUUGUGUUCUUAUUCUUUUACAGUAUUUCAACUUCGAAAAUCUUGGCCAAGCAUGUUGGUUUUUCUAAAAUCAGUUUUUCAGAAAACAGUUAAUUUCUACAAUAAGAUGUUAAGAUGAUAUGCUCAGCAAUACCACCCAACCAACGCAUAUGUUAGUAUGCCUGUCAGCUUCUGAUUUUGCUAACUAUAAAAUCUUUGUGAGAAUAAAUUAUUUACAUUUUACAAAUUUCAUGUAGACUCCUGUAUCAAUUUUAAGGACUUUAAAAAAUUUUUAUAAGAAAAGUUGGGAAGUGAAAAGUUUAAUUUAUAGGUAAAUAGUGUAUGCUCCUUAGCACAUUUUUUUGGCGUUACUUCUUAAUAGAUUCCAAUUUGUACUCAUUUUUUUCCUUGCUACCAAGCACACUAUAAUUCCUUAAAUUAAUUCUUGGAGUUUACAUACAACACUUCCAUAUGUGUUUUAAUUUUAUCACCAAAACAAAUUCAGAUAUAUUAUAAAGAUUCUUGCUGCUUUGUUUCCUCCUUUCCAUUCUAGCCUAAGGUGGUAAAAUAAGAUUUCUCUUUGUCCUGCUGACAUAGGAUAUUUUUGCUUUAAUAUUCAACUAAAGCACACUUGUUAAUCUUAUUUUAUGUGUUAAAAAUCUCACCUUAAUCUUAAAUAAGGUAUUUUGAAGUUACUGGGUUCAUUGCUGGUGAUGGGUGAAUAGAGCAGGGCCCUUACUGUUGAGAAAAGUUUCUCAACCGGGAAUUAACACAACCAUUAUGUAUUUCCUUCACAAUACAUUAAAAAGAUAAUAAUGCCUUCCAUUAAAUUUCUCUUCCAAAUAUUAAAAACAUAUAGCCACUUAAAUCAAGCAUGGUAUAUUCCAAAGGAGCUUAUAUAAAUGUCUUAUUGUGUAUAGCUUUAUAGGUACCCAAAGCUCACACACUUCUACAGAACCUGUAUUUUCUCCAACCUUCAGUUUUGGUUUAGUUUAGCACUGUUUCAAGCUAUCGUGUGUGUCUGUAAAAUAAUUCCGUUUUGACUUGGCUUUUCCACAAUUAUAUGUAACUAUUCAAAAC